AUGGCUUCCAAUAAUGGAAAUGAGUUUAUUAAACAAUUACUGGAUAUUGCUAUUAACGAGGAAAAAAUUGUUGGAAAUGCAAAAUUCAUUAAAGAUAAUCACCAAAAAUUGUUGGAUUUUAAGUAUCCCAAUGAAUUGGAGGCAAGAUCUCAUGAUCUGGAUAUCGGCGAAGAGAAAGAAUCUGAUCCCAAACUAUUAGAUAUCUGCCGACAAGUGAUUAGACAUAGCCUUAAGACCUCACACCCUAACUUUUACAAUCAACUGUAUGGAGGGACAGAACAAUACUCCCUUUCCGGUGCCUUUCUUACCGACGCUCUCAAUACUUCAGCGAAAUAUUUCUGGAAUAAUUUGAUGUCGUUAUUUGCUUACAAAUUAUCUGUUUUAAUUGACGGCAUAUACCGGUACGUGCCAUUCCUCCUAUUCCAGGGCUACGUUUGA